AGAUUUUAUGGUAGCCACUUUUAGUAUUAACAUUAUUUAUACCGCAUUCUGAAUUGCGACAGAGUUACAACUCGAUUCGUUUACGAAAAUGAAAACUGCUUUCGUAGUAAACGUUGCCAUCUUGUGCCUCCUAGCCGGCCGGCUAGGUGCCAAUAACCCUCAUCCGGAUUGCCUGGUUAAACACCUGUAUGGAAAUUGUCAGUCUUACUACGAUAGAUAUUUCUACAACUCUUAUACACGACAAUGCGAAGCUUUCCGACAUUGGAACUGCGACGAGAACAGAAAUAAUUUCCUAAGUAAAGAAGAAUGUUGCCAGAAGUGUGACCUAAACUGGUGUGCAAAGAAACAAAAUGCUUAAAAUCCCAAACCAACGAUGUAUUUUUUCUUUCGCUUAAUCGAAUAAAGGAAUUUAUUCAGUC